ACUAUCUGUGGUCCCGUUGGAUAGAGAUGUCAGGAAGUGAGAGCACUGCCGCGAUUUGCCUCGAACUGAAGGUUGGUUGCUUAUUAUUAUUGAGGGAACUACUCUCGUGUUGGGAGUGUGGAGGUUCUCGGGGGAGCACCACCUUCCUCGUCGACAUGGCGUCUGGCACGCUCUGCUGUUGGCCGUAAUGCAGACAUACUCCGUACGGAGUAACUCACCAUGGAAAAGUCCGCUGAUCAGGUCCUGGAGAGCCAAUCCGCCUCCAGAACGCUGCACAUUCAUCCAUCCUCCGCAAAUCGGGUCUCGGGAUAUCGAAUUUCAAACUUCACUCGAUCUUGUCGCCAAAUGCAAUCCCAGGACGCCACCUCCACGCCGCGUGCAGACAGCACUUGUACUUUCGGAUAUGUAUCUUCCUUAGGCCACCGGUCCAAUGACGACGCUUGGCGGAAUCCAUCAGCAAUGUCGGCAUCAUCUCUCCUAGACUCCUACUGCGCAGACGACGGCCAACAACAUGCCGCAGACGCUCACCCUUGGGCUGACUGCAGUGGGGAGCUACACCUUGAGAGCUGGGUCCGGGGUCGAACGACAUGUUCCUCUGUAUGGACCGGCUCCAGAGGUCGUCUACACGCGAACCUGAGAUAUUGUUUCAGAGCGCUCGAGGAAUCGACGUGAACGAGCGCGUGCUGCAUGAUGACGUCCUUUGCCUACUCGCCAACGGUCUCCGCAUCGAGAAUUCUGCACUGCCAUCGCCCA